UGGAGGGUUAGACAUCAUGGUGAACUUCCUGUCCCAGGGAUUGGAGCCGCUGGAGCAGGGGAGUGGAGAUGGGACCCAGGUGAGCCCACUGUCCCUGUCCCCCUGGCACAGGCUGCCCCGGACCCGAGCACAGACGUCAGGCCCUCAGCCCCAGCCCAUGGACCUGCAGGUGGGCCCGCGGCCCUCGGUGGAGCCACCGCCGGAGCCCACCUUGCUGUCGCUGCAGCACCCCUUGCCCCUGCACCUCUUCCUGGCAGGCCUGCAGCACCAGCGCACGGCAGAGCCCAUGAGGCCCUGCCCGCAGCUCUCCAUGGACGCUCCUGUGCCCGAAUUGCAAGGGGGGCCGCAAGAGCAGGAGGUGCGGCAGCUUCUCGACAAGGACAAGAGCAAAUGGAGCGCUGUUGCCAGCAGGGAGGUGAGGCAAAAGCUGGCGGAGGUGAUCCUAAAGAAACAGCAGGCGGCUCUGGAGACAUCAGUCCUCCCCAGUAGCCCCAGCAUUCCCUAUAGAACCUCCAAGCCCUUGGAGACAGAGAGGCCCACCUGCUCCAUGCUCAGCAACUUUCUGCCCCCUGUGCCCAGCCUGUCCAGUGACCCCCCAGAGCACUUACCUCUGCGGAAGACAAUCUCCGAGCCCAACGUAAAGCUGCGCUGCAAGCCCAAGAAGCUGCUAGAGGGGAGGAAGAACCCGCUGCGCAGAAAGGGGAGCGCCCCAUCCAAUCUCCAUCUCCGCAGGCGGCCUGCAGAGACCCUUGGAGACUCCUCCCCCAGUAGUAGCAGCACGCCUACAUCAGGGUGCAGCUCCCCCAAUGACAGCAAACAUGGCCCCAACCCCGUCCUGGGCUCGGAGGCGCUCUUGGGCCAGCGGCUGCGGCUGCAGGAGACCUCUCUGGCCCCCUUCGCCUUGCCGGCUGUGUCCUUGCUGCCCGCAAUCACGCUGGGGCUGCCCGCCCCCGCCAGGGCUGAUGGCGACCACAGGACCCCUCCGACUCCGGGCCCCCGAGGGCCCAUCCUGGGGAGCCCCCAGACCCCCCUCUUCCUGCUCCCCGGCCUGGAGCCCGUCCUCCUCCUGGAUCCCUCAGUCUCCCACGCCCCCCUGCUAACCGUGCCCGGGCUGGGGCCCCUGCCCUUCCACUUUGCCCAGUCCUUACUGACCACUGAGAGGCUCUCUGGGUCGGGCCUCCACUGGCCGCUGAGCCGGACCCGCUCAGAGCCCCUGCCACCCUCCAUGGAACGGUUCAAACCUCACGUGCAAGGGAUCGAGAGGCCGGCCAAUCCCAGUGAGCAGCCCCAAAUGCGGCAGACACCCUUGGCCAAGCACCUCCAGGCAGAUGGCGGGGGGCUGGGGCAAGUGGUGGACGAUGGCCCAGAACCCAGGGACUUGAACCAUGGACAGCGAGAGGCCAGGGGCCCCCUUCCCCUCCAGCAGCACCAGCAGGUGUUCCUCUGGGAGCAGCAGCGACUAGCCAGGCGGCUUCCGGGUGGAGCCACGGGCGACUCCGUGCUGCUUUCCCUGGCCCGGGGCGGCCACCGGCCCCUGUCCAGGACUCAGUCAUCUCCAGCUGCGCCUGCCUUGCUGCCAACCUCAGAACCCACCAGCCAGGCCCGUGUCCUCUCCAGUUCGGAGACCAGCUGCAGAGCUCUGCCCUUUACCACAGGGCUGGUCUACGAUUCGGUAAUGCUGAAGCAUCAGUGCUCCUGCGGAGACAACAGCAGACACCCCGAACACGCAGGCCGCAUCCAGAGCAUCUGGUCUCGGCUGCAGGAGCGGGGGCUGCGCAGCCAGUGUGAGUGUCUCCGGGGCCGUAAGGCCUCCCUGGAGGAGCUGCAGUCGGUUCACUCGGAGCGACACGCGCUCCUCUAUGGCACCAGUCCUCUCAGCCGCCUCAAGCUGGACAACCGAAAGCUGGCAGGGCUCCGGGCAGAGCGGAUGUUUGUGAUGCUGCCGUGUGGCGGGGUCGGGGUGGACACGGACACCACCUGGAACGAGCUGCAUACCUCCAACGCCGCCCGCUGGGCCGCUGGCAGUGUCACCGAGCUUGCCUUCAAAGUGGCCUCCCGGGAACUAAAGAAUGGCUAUGCUGUGGUUCGACCCCCGGGACACCAUGCAGACCAUUCUGUAGCUAUGGGCUUCUGCUUCUUCAACUCCGUGGCCAUCGCCUGCCGGCAGCUGCAGGAACAGGGCAAGGCCAGCAAGAUCCUCAUUGUGGACUGGGACGUCCACCAUGGCAAUGGCACCCAGAAGACCUUCUACCAGGACCCCAGUGUGCUCUACAUCUCCCUGCAUCGCCAUGACAACGGCAACUUCUUUCCUGGCAGCGGGGCUGUGGAUGAGGUUGGAGCUGGCAGUGGCGAGGGUUUCAACGUCAACGUGGCCUGGGCUGGAGGCCUGGACCCGCCAAUGGGGGAUCCUGAAUACCUGGCUGCCUUCAGGAUAGUCGUCAUGCCCAUUGCCCGAGAGUUUGCCCCUGACCUGGUCCUCGUUUCUGCUGGAUUUGAUGCCGCCGAAGGUCACCCUGCCCCGUUGGGUGGCUACCAUGUUUCUGCCAAAUGUUUUGGCUACAUGACGCAGCAACUGAUGAGCCUGGCAGGAGGUGCAGUGGUUCUGGCGCUGGAAGGUGGCCAUGACCUCACGGCCAUCUGCGAUGCCUCCGAGGCCUGUGUGGCUGCUCUUCUGGGCAACAAGGUAGAUCCACUCUCCGAAGAAGGCUGGAAGCAGAAGCCCAACCUUAACGCCAUCCGCUGCCUGGAAGCCGUGAUCCGGGUGCACAGUAAAUACUGGGACUGCAUGCAGCACCUGGCUUCCUGUCCGGACUCCUGGCUGCCCGGGGCCAGCGCAGUAGAGGCCGUGACCACUUAGGAGUUCCUCUUCGCGGGAGGCCGUUGAACCACUGGCUGAAGAGCAAGGACGACUCUCAGCACCGUCUUCGCGCCUGCCCUGUGUGCCUGCCUCUGCAGCGGUGCUGUCUCUGAGGUCUUGGCCUGUGCAAAGUCAGGACUGUGCUUAGC